CCAGCGCUUUUCACUCACAUUUGCCUGUCUGCCUUCUGCAACCUGUCUGAUCAUGUGUGAGCCAUAGCUGUAGUUUAGAGACACGAGGUUCCUUUUUCACUGUCUGGAAUGUGAAAGACUCAUUUUUACGCAAGGUAGACUGAUCAAGCUUAAACAAAUUCUUCAGUGUAAGAUUUUUUUUAAAUUUUUUGUUAGUUACUCAUAGGUUACUUUUGGCUAAGGAAAUUAGUUUUAUGCAUAGUAAUCGAUCAUAUUUAAUAAAAGUGAGGGAAACGAACUUUGGAGCAAGUCCUUGACUUUCAGUGAAGUGUGUGUGUCUGGACACCUGACUGUCCAUUUCUUUGCUCGCCAGUCAUGGGAAAGACUGAAAUUACAUCGCUCUCAUGGUGAACUAUUUUGAGCUCUUAGCUAGAGUACCAUAAGGGAGACGGCAACUUUUACGCUUUUGUCAGAAAAGGAGUUCUGGAGUUCCUCGCGAUUCGUUGUUGAGGAAGCUGUUAACAGAAGAGGUUGCAGAAUGCUUUGUGCCACAUCAGCAGAUCUUGAACCUGAUGACAGCACCCCUUUCUACAUCCUCAGCGUUGGCCAUCCGACUUCUGCGGGCAACCUGCCCCCUGGAAUUGCAUGCCAAGGUGCACAGACGUCCUUGCCAGUCGCUUCUGCAGCUCCUCAACUACAUGGGCCCAGGACCUGUGACCUUGGCUAUGGAGUCCAGACCUGCAAGUACAGCUCAGCCACGAGCCCCAAGGCCUUUGAGUGCCCCAGCAUCCAGAUCACGUCCAUCUCCCCCAACUUCCAACAGGACUUCGAGGCUAAUGAUGAUGGCCUGCAGGUCAAAGGGCCAAAGGCUGGCUGCCGCGACGGUCCCUCGGGCCGGGACCAGCUAUACCUGCCCGUCGAGCACUCGUACCGGGACACCUCCCUGAGCCCCAGCCCCUGCAGCAGCAUCUCCUCCCGGAGCUGGUUUUCCGACGCCUCCUCCUGCGAAUCCUUCUCCCACGUCUACGAUGACGUAGACUCUGAGCUCAAUGAGGCGACGGCUCGCUUCACACUGGGCUCCCCCCUUGCCUCGCCGCUCGCCUCCCCCCGCUGCUCCCCGCAGGCCGGCCCGGCAGAGGAGCCCUGGCAGCUGCACCUUGCCAGCUUCCCCCCCCCACCGUCGCCCCGCCAGUCCCCCUGCCACUCUCCCCGCACCAGCGUGACAGAUGAGAACUGGCUAAGCCCGCGGCCAUCCUCCCGGCCCUCCUCCCGGCCCACGUCCCCCUGCGGAAAGAGGCGCCACUCCAGCGCUGACAUCUGUUAUCCCGGUUCUGCCUCUCCUCACCACUCACCCACCCCGACACCUGGCCACUCCCCCAGGGGCAGUGUGACGGAGGAUACCUGGGCUGGCUCUACCUCGCUAGGGGGCUCCCCUUUCCAGUGCUGCCCUUCUGAACUAGAUAUUCCUUCCAAGACGAGAAAAACAUCCCAGGACCAGACAGCGCUGCUCGCUGACUCAGGCCUAGAGGACGCCUGCUGUGUGUCCCCCUCGCUGGAUUCGCCAGUUGAGGAUGUAAUUCAUGGCUUGAAGAAGGAUGUCUCCGGGGAGCACUUCCUGUCUGUCCCCUCACAUUUCACAUGGAGCAAACCCAAGCCAGGCCACACUCCCAUCUUCAGGGCGUCCUCGCUGCCCCCCCUGGAUUGGCCCCUACCCAGCCAGUUUGGCCAGUAUGAGCUGAAGAUCGAGGUGCACCCCAAGGCCCACCACAGGGCCCACUAUGAAACGGAGGGGAGCCGGGGAGCCGUCAAGGCAGCUACGGGGGGGCACCCAGUGGUCAAGCUUAUGGGCUACAAUGAAAAGCCAGUCAGUCUGCAAAUGUUCAUCGGCACGGCUGACGACCGUUACCUUCGACCGCAUGCCUUCUAUCAGGUGCACAGAAUCACCGGGAAGACGGUCGCCACCGCAAGCCAGGAGAUCAUCAUCUCCAGCACUAAAGUUCUCGAAAUCCCUCUGCUUCCAGAAAAUAAUAUGUCAGCCAGCAUUGACUGUGCUGGGAUUUUGAAGCUGCGCAAUUCCGACAUCGAGCUGAGGAAGGGGGAGACCGACAUCGGGCGUAAGAACACGCGAGUCCGGGUGGUGUUCCGGGUUCAUAUCCCGCAGCCAGCAGGAAAAGUGCUGUCUUUGCAGGCCGCCUCUGUCCCCGUCGAGUGCUCCCAGCGCUCUGCACAGGAACUACCCCAUGUGGAGAAGAGCAGCCCGAACAGCUGCUCUGUUGACGGAGGGGAGGAGAUGCUCAUCACCGGCUCCAACUUCUUUCCAGAGACCAAAGUCAUCUUCCUGGAGAAGGGGCCAGAUGGACGUGCUCAGUGGGAAGUUGAAGCAAGAGUGAUACGAGAGAGAAGUCAAGGGUGUAACAUUGUGGUGGAGGUUCCCCCGUACCACAGCAAGGCUGCCACCUCCGCCGUUCAGGUGCAGUUCUACGCCUGCAAUGGGAAGCGAAAGCGGAGCCAGACUCAGCGCUUCACCUACCUGCCAGUGUCAGUGAAACAGGAACAUAAAGAUGAAGCGGAUUUGCCGUCUACCUCCUUGUCCCUGGCCCAGCCCACCAGCGUUCCCGGGCUCCACCCAGCCAGGACUCUUCUGCUGCCACCAGACCCGGUGCCCCAGCAUGGCGGCCUACCCCGGGGCCUGCUGCCUGGCAAGCCCUCCCUCCAGGCUCUGUACUCUCAGAUGAGCUCUUGCUCAUUCCAGCUCCUGGCUCAGCCGCCAUGCCGUGGGCUUCCCCCAGGUCCUGACUGUCCACUGAUCAGACCGCCCUUGGCGUUCCCGGCUCCCCCAGGGCCACAGCAGAGGCCUCCAUACCAGGCCCUCCCACACAGCCUGAUGAAUAGCUGUCAGCCCAGUGUUCCCCUGAGCACAGCCCCUGCCCCGGCCUUCCAGCAGCACUCCUUACAAACCGAGUCUUCGGCCUCUCAGCCCCUGGCACUUGGCACAGGCUUCACCUCCUCAGCCACGAUUUCCGGCUCCACUUCCCCUACAGUCCCUGGCCGGCCCCUGAUCCCUGCUUCCCCUUCAGUCCCCGGCCGGCCCCUGAUCCCUGCUUCCCCUUCAGUCCCCGGCCGGCCCCUGAUCCCUGCUUCGCCUUCGGCUCCCGGGCCGCCCCCGAUCCCUGCCUCCUCACAGUUUAAUUCUCUGGGCUUUCCCUGCCCCACCCCAGCGCCGGUGUCUUCCCCUCCACUCCCGGUUGAGCCGCCUCCGUUGCAGCUGCAGCACCCCUUGGGCUACUGCCCGCCCAGCCAGGGCUCUGCUUCGUUCCCCUCUUCCAACACGGCCCCCCUAUCCAUGGGGUCCUCGCCUCACUCGGGGCCAUCUUCACCCCAGCUCCAGUCGCUCCCAUAUCAAUCCCCCACCCCCGGCUCGGCGUCCUCCCCUUCACCUACCUCCGGCAGCCCCCUGAUGCACUUUCGGCAUUCAGGCCAACCCCCGGCUCAAGCAGCCAGUCCCAUUGUAGGAAGACAGUUGUGCUCCCUGGCCCCCCAGGGGGAGAGGAUGAACAUCAAGCAAGAGCCCGAGGACAAGGAACUCGCCUUCAAUGCUAUCGGCUUGCAGGACAUUACGCUGGAUGAUGUGAAUGAGAUCAUUGGCCGUGACAUGUCACAGGCUCCAGCUGCAAGUCACAGCCAGUCGUAGCUAGUGCCGCACCUGGAACAGGGAUCCUCUCCACUGGGAACACACGACUUCUGCUGUGGGACUCUCUCCAGAGAAGCCAAGGACUUACAGAACAGCGCCCCCAUCAGGCCACACGUACUGCUGCACCCCUGGAGCAAAGACGGCUCGUCUAGCUAGUGGAAUUUUACAACCAGCACUGGUUCUAGAAGACAAAGGUCAAUCGUGAAUCAUUCCACCUUGGAGUUCCUAGUGGGUUUAUAAUAUGCAACAUUCCAUCCUUUUUUUGAACUUUAAAAUGGAUGACUUCAUAUUUUUUCCUCACUUCAGGUUGCACAAUUGCCUUAUAAACAUUUUGUUGCUUUGAAAGAUGUUAAAAGCUUUUAAUUGUAAAAAAAUUUUAUAUAGUUGACUCUGAAAGUUAUUGUAAACGUUAUAAAAAAAGAUAUUUAAAAUAUUUUAAGCUAUUUGUAAAUAUUGUGGAGGCUUUGUAGUGCUCACCACGUUUGGUGUUACUUGCUUUUUUUAUGGAUAUUUGCUGAAUUUUUAAAGAGCCGUUUGAAAUAGAAUGUCAACAUGUGGCUGUGAGUAUUGGUCGAUUUGACAAAGCUGGAAAUUGGGGGGAAAAUUGGUGAGACAGAGCCCUCUGCUGGUUGCUGAUAAGCAUUACAGCUUACCUAGGCAAUAUUUCUUUUGCAGGACUGCUCCUGCGUGCCUUCCAGGUGAAUCUAUGGAGAGACACAAAUUACAACAGCUAGAAUGUAUGAUGCAUUUAUUAUAAUUUCGAAACAUCACAGACUUGAAUUCUGAAAAUGAUUGAUUUCUGAUGGGAAAAAGUUAAAUUUACUUAUUUAAGAGGCACUUUUGUCCAAAGUACAGCUAGUGUCCCUGGAGAAUAGGGGAUAAGGGUCUGUCUCAAAGGCCCGAUGUUAACAUCACUCUGCCAGCCGCAGGAUUUAAAGCGACCACCUUCUGAUCAUGGGCACCGAGUCUGGACCCACAGAGCCGCACACUGUGGGUUAUGGACCCGUAGCAGCACAGAACAAAUUUGCUCAUGUUUCCUACUGAAUUAGCCAAGCCGCCUUUCCAUUCCGCAUGAUUUCUUUGAAAGCAAUUAAACUCUGAUUAAAUUUGCAUAAAAAUUUGACCAUGAUAAUGUAGAUCGUGGUGUAACAGAGAUCGAUAAAUGAUGAAACUUUAAAUUCAUGUCAGAUCUUACUGAAUCCUAUUUAAUUUUGCCGUGUUGUAUUUUUAUUUCAAUGUUAGUAGAAUAGUACCUUUGAGGAAAAGCAAUUUAAUAAUAAAAAAAGGAAAAAGCUAAUUAAAAGCCAAUGAGGGCGAAUAGUGGAACGUUUGCUGGAACCAUUUUCUGAAAGAUUUGCAUGCAGCUUGACACGAGUGACCCUUUAUUGCAGAAUUGUGUGUAGCUUUCCUGUUAGUUUCAUGCCACAUGUGUUCAGGGGAUACUGCAUAAAUGCAUCUAUGCACCAUUUCAUAUACUCUUUGCCUUAAGAUUCUUACCUGAUGUGAUAGUAAUAUUCUUGCAUGUGUAUAAUUGUAUUUAAAACCUAGUGCAUCUCUUUUAGGGAUGCAUUUGGUGGAACUUUUGAGACUUUUGACACAGCACUGUAGAGGUGUGCGGAUGUUGUGCAGAACUGCAAUUAAGACACAACCUGCUAUGCACUAAAUCCUGUCUGAUGCCUUUCAAACAAACUUAGAUGCCUGAAUAAGACCAUUUCUAGAUGCUUUAAUGAAUUUUCUGAUAAGUAGGAGACUUGAUUCCCUGUGAACAAUUAAAAUGUUUUUCGUUUGUUUUGGUUUAUGUUGCUUUCAAAAAGGAUUCAGUUAUAUGGGUCUUAUUCUGGUGGGGUGGGUUUAAGACUGUUAGUAUUUUUGUAUUUCGAUAAAGAAAACAUCAAUAGAUGAUUAUUAUGCAAGCUAAGAUUGUAAAACAACAUAAAAUUCACUCCAUUAAAAUGUACAAAGAUGAUUUUAGUAGUUUAACGCACAAUAAGGUUGAAUAUGUGAUUGAUCCGUUGGACUAGUUUCAAACUCCAGUUUGUGAAAUUUUAACAGCACUCUUCGGUACUCUAAGACUUCAUUUGACUUCAUUCGGAGUGCUCAUUGUAUAGCAGAAUGCUUCAGAAAGCACAAAGGGCAAGGCAGUGCUGCAGAUGCUGGUUUGGAUGUAUUCAGACCUGUGCAGACAACACGAGCAGCUUACUGUGUGUCGCUGCUGUUUUUGUCCUGAACCAAAGAUGGAACGGUCUAUUCACACUACUUACUGGUCAAACAAACUCUGGACUAUUUUUGAUACUCUAGAUGGAUGUCAUUCCUAAAGAUUUAAGGAAAAUAAGAAACUUUGUUAAAAAAAAAAUAAAUUAAAGGGAAACACAGGUUUAAUGUUUACAAGGCCUUGUAUUAUGUGCAUUUAUGUAUUUUAAUGUUUUGUAAUGCUGUGUCAUUCAGAAACGUUGAAAGAAAAAAUUGCAGUUUAGGCUCUUAACUGGUAGUGUAUCAAUAAAAUGCAAAACAGAAAGAUGAA